AUGGCCAUGAUCAGGAAGAAUCCUGUGAAGUACUUUGUGGUUGACGCAUUCACUGAGUCAGCCUUUAAGGGGAACCAAGCAGCAGUGUGCUUUCUUGAACAAGAGCAUGAGAGAGACGACGUGUGGCUUCAGUCUCUUGCCGCCGAGUUUAACCUUCCGUUGACUUGUUUCCUUAUUCCCUUCACCGGUGGUUCACCCCAGUAG